CAGACUCCCCGCUUUGUUCUGCCCAAUUCAAGAGCCAAGCACUCCAGAGUGGGGGCACAGGGUUGCCACUGAAAGCCCGCGUCUAUCUACUCCUGGUCACCCCGUCACUCGGCCAACCCCAGGAAGACUGGAGUCAAGUGUCCUAGGAAGGGCGCCAGCCACGCUGGAUUUGGGCUGGAGGCUGGCUCACCAACCCAGCUGGCCCACCGCAGGCCUCAGUUUCCCCAUUUGGCCAAGGCAGAGAGCGGAUGGCGAGAAAUCAGGGGUCCUGCUCGGCCCGCCCCCGGGGGUGGGGCUGGGAGUGGUCACGUGGAGGGGCGCCGCGCCCGGGGUCUCCCGCCCACUCGGCGUCGGGAGCCGGAGCCCGGAGCCGCCAGCGAGGACGCCGCCGCGAGGGCUGGAAAGGCGCCGCCACGCCGGGGCUGCUGAGGUCACGGUCACCGGGGCCUGAGGGCACCUGCUCGCUCUUCCGCCCGCUCCCUGAAAGCUGUGCGGGUGGCUGGACCCGCAGCGGCGACGCCGACCACAGCAGCAGCAGCAGCAGCAGCAGCAGCAGCAGCGAGGACUGGAGCGCGGGCAGCCCCAGCAGCAGCCACGCCAGCAGCGACACCAUGGAUCUGUCUUUUAUGGCCGCGCAGCUGCCCAUGAUGGGAGGAGCGUUCAUGGACUCACCCAACGAGGACUUCAGUACGGAAUACUCCCUGUUCAGCUCCCCGGCCAACGUCCACGCAACCUCCAAUGGCCACGGCCAGCCAGAGGAGUCUCCUCGCUCCUCCAACGAUGCUGUUCUGCUAUGGAUUGCCAUCAUAGCAACAUUGGGGAACAUAGUGGUGGUAGGGGUGGUGUAUGCCUUCACCUUCUGAAGGCACAGGGAUGCUGAAGCUGCGGGGAAGCCCCUCUUGCACUGGACUCACACGGCAAGGCUAUCCAUGUGGCUCCAUCUUGCUCCCGGCCACUGGAGACGCACCUAUGUUCUAGAUCUAGGCUUGAAUGGCCUCUGGAGGGGCAGCCACUUUGCAUCUGUGACUUCCCCCAGGCAGUUCUGAUUUAGAAUAUCCCAGUGUUGUGGUUGAGCUGAUGGAAGCAAUGCCUUGAAGUUGGUGCUUCCAGCCCCUAAAAGCUUGAUGGGCCAAGUCCUUCCAAUGACAGACUGAACAAUUCUUGAAGUUUCAGUCAGUCCUAGAACCCAAGAACAGGUUGAGCAUCCUAUUAGGUUAAAAAAAAAUGUAGACCUGGUUUGUUGACACUUGCCCAGCAGGCAAUUGUCACUUGGAUGUCUUAUUUUCUGCAGACUUAUUGAACCCAGUGUGUGGGUACUGGGACAAGAAGAACUCUCACAAGUUAGGACUCCCACCUUUUAAUUUUGUGUCCCACCACUUGGAAUAUUGAUGGUGAUGUUGUAGGGUCAUAGGAUGUUGUGAAAUUGACUUACAGACAGUGCUUUGCCACCAGACACUUGGACCCUUGCAGGACCCAAGUGCAUCAGAAAAUCCAGGGACUAGGAUGAAGGCUCUGAUCUUUUUAAAACAAGCAGAGGAUGCCUUCAAAAUUUAGAUCCCCCCAGGCAGUUAACCCUUCACUACCCAAGCAAAGUCACCCUCUCUUCUCCGAGGAUGUGUGGGAGUUAAAAAUGAAUUAGUCGUGUCCCUUCAUCAUUGGACAGAUGUCAUGGCAAAGGGACAUGAUGAUCCUGUGGUUGGAUAAUGAUGGUGUCGGAGCAGCAAGGCAUUCCCUAAUCUGGCUGAGUCUGGUCUCCACCCUAGCCAAGCUCUCUAGUGAGCGUAUCCCCACCUCAGCAACUGAGGCAGAGAUGGAAUCCCCAGGAGGUGUUCAAUGUGGAGACUUCCCAGGUCAUCCAGUGUCUAUGCUGUAAAAUGGUGUAUAGAUGCUGUGGUCUCCCUCACAGGUCUCACUCCCCACAUCCAUCACUGUAUCCAGCAUACUUGCAAAUGCUUUGGCCCCAGGGGAAGCUGUUAGUACUGAGAACUGGUCCAACCUCUGUAACCAAGAAGUAGGGGCAUAGGGUGUCUGCUAAGAUGCCUAGGAUCAUCAGCAGGGCAGGAUGCUGGGCUGGCAGGUAGCUGUUGUGUGCUGAUGUUGGACGUUGCCAGAUGUUUGCUCUGACUUCCUGCCUCACUAGCAGGACCCUCCUCAUCACACCCCCAAGUCUUUCCCUAGAGCAAGAGGAGGGACAUCCUCAUGAGAGAACCCAGGCAAGGGAUGGGGGCAGGAGUGUGCUGUGAUGUCUUCACAUAGCACCUCUGUCCCAGUGCUAUCUGAUUUACCCCAGGGGAGUAGUAGCCAGUAGUCCAUCCCCUACCUUGUCUCCAUGGAGACAGCAAGUUGAGGAGGGAUCUGUGCCUGCUGUGAUGAGAGAGGAAGGGACAGAAAUGAUGAGGACAGCUCCUAGUCUUGUAAAGUAUUGGCAUGUCAGCGCUUUGUAUGUACACACACACACACACACACACACACACACACACACACACACAGUCAGUUAAACCCGUGUUGAUGUCUCUCCUGCUCUCCUGGGUCAGAGCCACAGAUGGUCAUGAGCAUUGGAAGCCCCUUUUGUCCAUAUGGCAUCAACUGGUCCCUUUCUGUCAUUCUGUCCCUGCAGUUUCCUAUCCGAACUUCCUCACCACAGAUGACAGUGAGGAGUAAAUGACGGGUACCAGCCAGGGUGAACCACACUCUCCCUCCUGUCUCUGCUUCCUUCUGUCUUGGUCGUCAGGAAAGGGACGAACAGGCCUGAGCUCGGUACUUGAGUACUGUGAACAGGCACGAUGCUAGAUUUCUGUGCACAGCCUUCGUCCCUUUGUCCCCUCACAGCAGCAGUGCCCGAGUGUGCAAAAAGGAAGCCAGAGGCUCAGAGCAGUGGCGUAACUUUCCUGAGGCCACACAGCAUGGAAGUGAGGAUCUGGGAUUGGAACCUGGGAAGCUAGGUUCUUCAGCUGGCUCUCCCUGUGGUACUGUCCCGCCUUGAGGCUGAUGGCACCACUGAGGCACAUUUGAACUGGACUUGCAUCUUCAGAAGGUAUUUUCCAAGGUGUCACAGUUUGGAAUGGCCUGGGCCAUCCUUGGGUCUCAGACCAUCAGAAUGGGGCAGCCUCGGCAUUGUCUAGACUCAAGAGGUGUGGUCCUUACCCCACCCAUUCAAGAAUGACCUAGAGUCUCCAUGUAAGUUUCCAAGAAGGGUCCCCGAGGUGGGUUUCUUGGGUGCAUGUAGAAAGGGCCCCAAAGCCCUAAAAAGUUGCACAUUAGAAGGCUUCCAGUGGACAGCACUGAGGUCAGAGUGCGGACCUGUGUGGCAAGUUGACCUGAGCUGAACUACAGUCUUUCUGUGAGCCCCAAAGCUCUCCCGAGCAGGGAUUGUGUAACUUCUUUGGGAUCCCAGCCAGAACCCCAUUGGCUUCGCCCUGGAUAAGGUGGACCCCAGAACCUCCUUACUUUGACAGGAAGGGCCUGGCCUUUUGUAUAGCUGGCCCUUGGAGAAGUACUGCAUUUUCUGGAAUGUCCUGUGGUCCAUGAAACCCUGUUAGAGAGACUAAUGAGUCCCUUCCCUGCCUGGAGGGAGCCCUGUUCCUCCUUGCAUGAGUUUCUAGGGUCCCAGGGAGCGGGAAAGGGGGCAGGCCAGUGCCACACAGCCAGAGAGGCAGCAGGCCAGCAUCUUGGGUGGAUGUCUGCCAGCCCACCUUAGCAUUUAUCAGGAUCUGUCUGGGAGCCAGAGCCAUUUGGCUGCAUGUGUGCUCCUUGCACUCUGGUCCUCUCAUGCAGGAGCAUGGCUUCCCUUUGGGAUCAAUGGGUAGUGAAAUCUCUCCUGCUGCCUGUCCUACUGACAGCUCAUAGACUUCCCAGGUCGGGGCCAGGGAGGAGCAGCUGGAGACUGAAUGGCACGUGUGUACCUGUACCAAGCCCCCCUACCCUCUAUCCCCAGUGACUACUCAGUGCAAGUAUGGAGGAGAACAUGCUGAGCUGGAGAGCCCAGAGAUGCAGGCAGAGGUGAGGCCACUCUAAGAAGCUCAGGGGAGUGAAUUAUGAGCCCAGGGCACUCCCUGUGUCACCUCCUGGUAUCAGAGCUUGAGCAAGAAGUGUCAUGGGGGAGGGGCUGAACCACACAAACCACAGGGCUAAGGGUGAUGCACAUUACUACCAGGGUGACGAAACCCUGUCAUCAGUCAGGACAGAUGGGGGUACACAUGUUGUAAGUCUGAAUCAUUUCUCCUGACUCGCUGUAGAUGUCACUGGUGAGUUUUGAUAGGAAAUAAAACCAGAGAGCUAGGAGAUUGCUCAGGGGAUAAAUAAUGAGAACUCGAGUUCAGAUCCCCAGAAUCGACAUAAAAUAAAAGGUCUGGGCAUAGCGGUGCAUGUCUGUAAUCCCAGCACUGGAUUGUAGAGAUAGGCAGGUCCAUGGGGCUCACUGGCCAGCUAUUCUAACCAAAAAGGUGAGCUCAGAUUCCAUGAGAGACCCUGAUUUUUUGGUGGGGGGUUGGUUUUGUUUUUAAAGUAGGGGUGGAUAAGUGAUUGAUGUCAACCUCUGACCUCUACAUGCAACCACAUGAACAUGUGUGCACACAUACACACACAGACAAGGUAGAGAGAGGAGGGCUGCAGAGAGAGAGGGGACUCAGAGGGCUCAGACCUUGGGUAGACUGUGUGGGUGCACCCUGCCCAGGACAACAUGGCAUGGUGGUGUCCUUGUGCCUGCCUAGGCCACAGCCUUGAGAAGGCAAAUGGCCUCAGCUUCUGGUUCGUUUUUCAGCCAACUUCUGCCUCAGAAGGUUCCAGACCUUCCUUUUUGUGGGUUAAGUCCGUGUGUGCUCAGUGUGCAGGGAAUGUGCAUGCUUUGACCACAGGGCACUUCGGGGCUCCGGUUCUACCAGGAGCCCUCUGUCUGGUGGAGUAGCCCGAGUCGCUGUGUCUGCCUCUUGGAUUCUUUCUGUGUUUUCUAGACUCGCAGGCUGGGGACAUUGCGGGGUGGGACUGGUCAACAGAAGAACAGAGUCUUGUCCCCUGAUCACCCAGCCACAAGAUUCCUGUGGUUCUUCCUCUCGGACACCUUGGUUCCCCAGGGGACAUUUGGCAAUACCUAGAGCCCAUUCUCAUCACAAUUUACAGAGGAGCGAGGACCUAUUGAUAUCUAGUGAGUGGGGGCCAGAGGUGCUGCUCAUCCACACACAAGACAGACCCCGUGGCCAACUGCUAUCCAGCCCCCAAAUGCCAACAGUGCCGAAGAUGGGAGACCGCAUUUAGACCUAAGAGUCCAAAGCAAUGGGGGGUUUGCAAAAGCUCCAGCAGUCGUGCAUGCGUCUCCGUGUGGACUGCAGCAAAUGUGAGCACAGUGGCCGCCCCAAGUUGAGAAAACUUCAAGAGCGGGACUGGACCUUGGAAGCCCACGUGACUUUUCUUUUGGGAAGACCCCUACCUGUGUGGAGACAACCCUACAAUAUACUCAGAAUGCCGAGGUUGAACCUGUCCCCCACCAAUGACUGUGCGUCCAGGACCUCCAGCGUCUGUCCCUUAUCAUGUGCCUGAGGAGCACAAUUGGUGGAGAGUUUCUGAUGAGGACAAGGAAACUGGGGAACAGGAACAGGUGUCAGAAAAUCCAAGUCUCCUUUCUGACCCCCCUCCCCCGUGCCCUCCAGCCCUGCUCCCCAAAGCUGCAGGCAUACUAACUCUUUCUACUGUCUAAAUUCUUCUGGAAUUCUCCUUCAUCACCUGCCACCCACCGAUUCCAGGUCUGUGUGUGGAGAGCAUCAGCCAAGCUUCUGUGUUUUGUGAUGUGUUCCUGGGCAGCUUGUAAACACAUGUAGGUGACAUGACAUUAUUUUAACUGUUGUUCCAGGUUCUCCCCACCCAGGUACCCAGUUCCCCCGUGUAUUGCUGGCCUCUGCUGCAGUGGGGAGGCCCUUUGCUGAUAUAAGACUUCAGUGUGCUCUUCCGAAGUGUGGCGGUGACACCUCCCAUGUUAACUUUCUUGCUGUGGUUGUCAUUUUCUAUUACCAUAAUUAAACAGAAGGGAAGUUUAA